GGAGCCAAGUAGUAGGAAACGGUACUGCUCCCAAGAAAACCGGCGACAAGCCUCCAUUGCCGGCAGUUUCGUACAUCUUCUUUGCCUUCACGUAUCGACUCAGUCUUAUCAAGCCGGCAAGAUAACCUUCUCGAGUCAAACUUGAGUCAUUCGUAAGAAUACAUCUACACACAGCUCUUUAUAAACCCAGUUACACCUGCAUGCUGCGGUUUCUAGAAAUAUCUGUGAAGGGCUCGGAGAUUAACGUUGCAGAUAAACCGCUGCAGGAUGGAGACGCAGAUACAUGUGCCAGUCGGGUCGCCGGUUAUUAGGAAAAUCCCCAUUUUCGUGGACGAACAUAACGUGAUCGAAGGGGCGAUGAAGCUUAUUCAAGAGCUGAGACCGGCGUGGGAGAAGAGCCUGGUCAAGACUAAGGUAAUUGUUAGCAGUGGAGCUAGCUGAAUGCUAAGCUAAGAGAGGGAGCUCUGCAGCAUCACCAAGUACUACCAGUCAGCCGGUACAAGGGCCCGUCAGACAUGGAUAAGUGACUGGGUUCAGCCCUUUAAGAUAAGACCCGCUGCUGCAGAUAGUCUUACUUUUAUUAGAGACUAAUGCUUCAAAUUUUUCAAAUUCUGUCCUGGUCUCACUGGUAGAGUAGUAUUAAAAUGAUGACAGAGUUAACAGCUGUCAGAGUUGAAACCCAAGUGAACAAAUUCAGCCAACUACAAGUCCUCUAACACUGCGUAGUACUCAAGAACUGACUGAAGUACACAACAGGAUCAGCAUUAUUACACAGUAGUAUCUCAGUUGUAAGUGUUAGUCAUUGUAGUCAUCCUGCAAGGGGUCGACCGGCUGGUUUGGUUGAGAAACAGGGUUAUGUGGGACUGCUUUUUCCCACUCAGACACACCUUAAUAAGGCUGAUGAAGCUGCUUCCUGCUCUUCAGUGUCUCUAGAUUCUCCUGAUUCUCAAAUGAUUUGAACUGAGUGGGAUUUUCUAUUUCAGCAAACAGAAACAUGUAUAAAUAAAUGUUUAGGCGUGGUCAUUAUACACAGCAGACAUACAUUUUUACACUCUUAUUUCUUUUUCUAGAUCAUUUCAUGUCUUCUUCUUACAUGGUUCUAACUAAGCAGGUUUUUUUUUCAUCAUAAUGCAUUUAUUUAUGGUAGUGUUCGAUCAAUUUUAGAUUUUCAAUGAUAUAUUGCCAAUUUCAGGUAGUUGUAUGUUUUUUUUCACUGAAUAAAAUACAACAAAUUAAUAACAAAUGAGCAAACUGAACUUGAAUAAACUUGAACUUCUUUUGUGAAAUAAAUGUAGACAGACAAAUAUUUGGCUCGCUCAGUUAUUUUUUCCCCCCAUAAGGGACCUCUGGAUUUCUGUCAAGCCACCUUCAAGUAAAUCAGGAGAAAAUAAUGUCAUUUCUUUUGCACAAUAAUAGACUAAAAGAGUGGUUAUUGUAGUGUUUUGUGUGGAGUGUGGAGGAUUUUUCACUUUAGCUGCUUUUUCCUUUGGUUUUAGAUGUUUUAACAGAUUGGUUGUAUUGAAUUCAGCUCUGCAGGUACCCCAUCACACUGAUACUAAGUUCCUCUCAUGUUUGCGUUUGGCCGUAGUUUGGACAUGAGUGAUCUAGGGUGAGAUGAUCAGCUCUGAUCCCAUAAACUAAAGUUGUGAUCAGGACAUCACUUUUGAUGCAUCCUGCUAUCAUGAGCGAUUAAAGUUUGUUUUCUCUGAAUAAUAAGAAAAUUUUCUGGUCAUCUAUAAAGGAGAACAAUUGGCAGGUCACUGUGACUGGCAGUUCAUGCUGCCCUGCUCACAUUAAUGUAGUCGGCUAAGCCUGUUUCUAUGUUCCUUCUUUUGCAACCUUGGGGAUAAAAGUAAUUAUCAGCUGGCAUGACAUGACCCCAAGAUCUUGGACAAACUACUAAAAUUAACUUUUCAUCACAGCAAACAGAGUGUAUCCAAAAGGCACCCACACCUUCUCGAUCCUCAGUCCUGUUAUCUAGUCAUUGUUGCUUUUUGCUUUCUCAUCAGAUAAACAGUUAAACCCUGAAUUCAGGCAAGGUUUAGGCAUGUUGAGAACUUUUUAGGCAUGGUACUGUGCUCAAACUGUAACUGAGUUAAACAGUCAUAUCCAGCAGGGGUCCUAAAACAUUUUACACGGAAACACAUGAUAUGAAUUGACACUGUAAGGCAUUGACACUAGUUUGAAUAUGCAACCACAUAAAAAAGUUUGACUUUUUAGAAACUGAAAUGAGAUUUCACUCUGUAAAGAUCAUAAUUAAGAUAUAACUUUAUUAGAACAAAAAUAUAUAAGCUUUUAACACUGUAAGAUUGAAUCAAUGACUACAAAAAAAUCUUCACAAAAGAUAUUUUUCCACGAUUUCGAAAAAUUCAAGAGCUUGGCUGGGUGAUUUCACCCCCUGACUUUGAGCAGUUAACCUGCAAGGUAUGAGGUGAUGGCAGAAAGAGCUUUCCCACAUUUACAACUAAAACUGCAAAGUUACAAAGUCUGGUGUCCAUACUACAUGUACGCAGAGUAUUAAAUCACAAGAUUGAUGUAAACUGAUCAAAUCUCGGACAAACGUAAAAAAGUGAGACCGUAGUUUAUGUGCAAGAUUUGCAAAAAAAUUCUCACGUAAGAAUUAUCGUCUCUCCUUACUGGUUCAUGUAAUUCUGGCAAAGUGGAACAGCCUGACUCUAACAGCGUGUGUGAGGUGACACCCUCAGCAGAGUGGGGUAACCAUGGACACAGACAUGGCCCCCUAUUCUCGGGAAAAGAACAUAUAUAUCUCAGAUUGGUAUUUGCAAACACUGGCUGUCAUCAUUUGCACUGAAAUUUUACUCUGUUGUUGUGCCUGUGGGUUGCAAAAAUAUUACAGCAGCUGUACAAAAACAUUAGGUAGUGAGGGCCAAUGGAGUUGACCAUUUCAGUUCAGUGUACAGGAUGAAAAUCAGAGAAGUUUUGGUUCUUGCCUAAUUCUUUCCUAAACUUGAGUAAUAGGAUCUUAAAUGUGUGGCUUUAUUGUGAGGCAGGUUCAAUAUAAUGUCAGAUCAACCGCUAACCAAAGCUGUUAUGAGUUCCAGAACAACUCUAAAAUGAGUUCUUGUUUGUGUUUUGAGCACUUGCAGCAGAACACUGUUUAUUUUACAACGUUUGAGUUUCUAUGUUAAAAGAAACCAAUGAAGAGAAGAAAGCCUGCGGCCUCUCAGUGUUUGCUUACUGGAUGCAAUGUAGGGCAAAAAUAUUUGUUUUUUAUAAGGUGAUAAUAAGAUUGAUGCAGACAUCCCAUUAUAGUUACAUUUCAAUAAGGUCAUAAUAAUUGACUCAAAUUCUUACAAACAAAACCCAACAGGAUGGGUCAGUCUAAGUGAUUGUAGAGUUUUAUACAAUAUGAUGCCUUCAAGUAGGAAGUACUGAGUUCCAGUUUUGGUCUGUUUGUUUUGUUUUUAUUUCAAUGUUAGACAAAUUAGAUGUAUUGCUUCUCUAGUUGUACCAACUUCAGUAACGACUGCACGAUAGCAAUACACAGGGGUCUAUGUCUCCAUGCGCAAACCUCAACCAAAAAGCGACUCUAUAGUCACAAAUAAUGCUCAGAACGGCACCUAACUUCAUCAACAGUACAUAUAGAGUCCCAACCAUAGUACUCGCCAUCAAACAUCUUUUUAGCUUUGCCUGAUUUCUUUAGCAAAGAGACCAAACACAACUCACCUUCUCUCCUCCAACAGCCACUUGUUUGUGGGGGAGCCCUGACAAGUCGAUCACCGAGUGCAGCAGAGUUUCGCAGCUCAAGGAGGAAAAUUUAUGAUUAUUACUUCAUGAAAAUGCAAUCAUUUGAAGAAUAAAUCCAGCUUAUUUCUGACAUUGUUAGAAGAAAAUUCUGCAUUGAUCAGAGAUGUACCCAUAACAGCAUCUCUUGAUGAUUCAACCGCCAUACCCAGACUUUUAGGAUCAAUAGACAUUGGACAGAAACUUUACAGAAACAAGUCGUGACCCAGCACAGUCCAGUGAGGUUGGCAGAGGUGACAUCAUAGAGCAGGAGAAAGUUAGUACAAUAAAUGCAUGAAAGGUUUGGAAGAUGUGCUACAUGAAAAUAAGGUACAGCGUAGAUAAGACAAACAUAAAGGAAAGCCAAAUGCUAAAUUAGCUAAACAGUUGAAAAAAUUGUAUAAAUCACAAUAUAUUGUAUCGAAAUACUCACUGUAUUGCAAAAUGUUAAAAAUCGCAAUAAUACUGUAUCGUGGCCCGAGUAUCGUGAUGAUAUCGUAUCGUGGGGCCUCUAGUGAUUCCCACCCCUACCAGCCAUGGAGAAUCUUGAGUAAAAAGCUGACCUACAAGUGUUGUCUAGCAAUCCAUUUAAGAGACUGGACUAGUCAGGAAGGGGAAAUGCAUAAUUAAUUCCUUGUUAAAGGAUCAAGUGACUGAUGAGUCAUGGCCGGGUCAAAGUCAUUGAAGCAGCUCUGAUGGACCCGACAACGAAAAUGCAUGUAUCUACUUUUGUAUAGCAUGAAAAAGUCAACAUGCUGGCUAACACUGCACCCAUUCAACACCUGUAGCUGAGACCUUGACGGUGCUGUCUGAGACACAAGACAGCAGUUCUCCAUCUCCAAAACAGGGUUUUAGUCAAACUGUAUGUUUAUACAAACUGGUGCAGCUGCACCACUAGCUCUGUCCUCACACCAAAACAGCGAAAGGAGAGUGUGAGAUUACCGUGACCUGAGGAGGAUGUUCUUGAACACCAGGACGAUUGUUUUAAUGGCAGCAGGAAGCACUAAAUGUGGUGAUGAGCAGCAGAGCAGCUCUGUUGACAGAAACAUCUGAUUAGCCUUGCCACCUGGACAGGAAGACUUUUACUGUAAAUACACAGGGUCCAUUUCCAAACAUCCCAUGAGCACACCGAGUUCAUGAAAACAGCAGAGCCAGCCAACAGCAACAGAAGAACAGUCUCCAUUUUCAGCGCUCACAUGCUGAGUACUCCAGAGGGCUCCACUUAAAAGGUCUACGGCUGCAGUCAUUAGACAAGAAGACCACAAGUUAACGUGACGAUGAAUCAACAGUAUGGCGGACUUAAACCAAGUCUAAAACCAACCACAAACCGCAAAGUGAUGCGAUUGGAAUCAGAGAGAGGUGAUGGAAAGGAGGGCAGAGUGAAGCAGGGCGACAUGAGGCCGGUGGUAAAGACUCACAUACUCCGAGUGUAGUGGGCCCAACCACUCCUAAACCAGAAGUGGGUACAAUCUCCUCUGCUGCCGCCCACUGUAACUAAGUCUCCAGCUUACAGUAGGAGAAGAUGGUUAAUAUGAUUGAGGUGAAGCCCUGCAUGGAGAAUCAAAUACAUUCAUGUGUUCACAAAGACAAAAUACAGAACAGGAUGACCACUUCAAACCAAUUGAAGUGUGUGAGAGAAAACAUCACCUAGGGUCCUCUCAGCGGAGGUGGGUCCUGACAGUGGAGGUCUGCAGUCAGAUCCCUCUCUGCCUGCCAGUUCUCACAAACUUGAGACCAGCAUCACAGCAAGCAAUGUUUUGACACUGCUGCAACGUAACCACCUCUGGAGGACUGAGAAGCCUUUUUGGAAACAAACGUUUUGGUUGUCAAGUAUGCUACCUAGGGGUGUCCUGAUAUAACUUUUUUACUUUGGAUGUGAUACCGAUGUUGUAGCCUUCAAUAUUGGCUGAUACUGAUAUUGAUCAGGUAUUGGCAUACACUUGUGCAUGACAAGUUUCGCUCUCAGCUACAAUGUCUUUUUCUUAAAAAAACGUUGUUGGUUGCCACACAACCAGCAUCACUACUGCUCCUUGCUACUUUAUUAGUAUCUUAGUACACACCAUUGUUGUGAUUACGUGGGCUCAGCAUGCUGGAUGCAGACUGAUAUCCAAUAUCAAUAUCGGAUUGGGACUAGCCUGGCUGGGCCAUCUAGUUGUGUGAAUCACUUGCCGUUCCUUCCCACAACAGUCUGGACUUCGGCCGAUUGGGAGCGUGUAUUAGAAAUCAGAAAAUAACCAGGCCAAUCAGUGACUGUGUUUCCACUGUUCCCUGGACAACAGUGAUUGGUCCAUGUGUAGAUGGUGACGUCUAACACAUGCUGCAGGAUUUUUCAAAGCGCCGUUCAUUCAGAACGCCGCAAAUUCUGCAGUUGACUUUGCAAAGUCAGCAGAAAUCGUUCAUAUCCGCAGAAGAAGACGUAAAAGACAUUGUUUGCUCGCAAACGUAGAAAUAUUACCAAACCUUUACUUGAUGCUUGAGAGCCCAGCAGGGAACACAGUUGCGCACUGUGAUGACGUCAGAUGUUUGGUUACGGUGAUUGGUUACAGUAGUCUGUCUAUCAAGGAAAGUACUCCCGCCCACUUUUAGGGCUCCCAAUUGACCGAAGUCCAGACUGUUGUGGGAAGGAACGGCAAGUGAUUCAUGCAACUGGAUGGCCCAGCCAGGCUAGAUCGGGACAUAUGUAGUGCUAUCUUAAGGAAAAACGAUGGAAAUCAGCCGACACAAAUCAACAGCAUGAUUUGCUUAUUCAUCAGAGUUCAGUUAACAAUUUACCUUUAUUUAUAGAUCGUACUGCUCCAUCACAAAUUCAAAUUGAAAGAGCGUUUCCUUCAGUUCUCAAAGGGAAAAGCCAGUCAAAAGUGAUCCUCAUGGAUCAGACCUGAGACUGUCGUGCACAGCCAUAAUGAAGACAAAACUUUGUAUCCCUGCUCAAAACAGUCUACACACACAGAGCUUGUAGCUGGGCCGCGUUAUUUCGACUCAUCCAUAGAAAGAAAAAUCAAACGUCAGGCGGUAUAUGGCCGAAUGUUUACCUCUGUCUGGGUCCAAGCUUAUCGCUGUCGGUCAAUGUAUUGAUUGUCGGUUUUAGCGGUGUAUUGUGUGGCGGGGGGGAAUGGAUCAGUCGUGUGGUAGCAAAGGCGUGUAUGCUUGCGUAUACAGUCAUAACAGGGAUGCCUGCAUGCCCAUCUUUGUGGUCAGCCACGUGUGGAAUGUUAGAUAUGUAUGAGUGAGCGUCUGGACCGGGGGAGACGCGGGCACUGUGUAUGUUGUUAUUGUGUUCAUUUGAGUGGGCUGGACUCGCCCACUGGUUCCCAGUGGAGUGAUGUUGUCAGUCAGAUAUUUCUAACCUACCAAUCACACUCCAGGCUUUUUGCUUACUCGUCAUUUCAGAUGAUGCUUUUGACUUAAAUGGUUGACUCGGUGAUGCUAUAGUGACUACAGCCUGCAGAAGAGUCACUACAGAAUGACUCAUUGUCGUUCUGAAAAGUGAAGUAUGAGUCACUGUUUCACUUUUUUCUUUCUCAACGUGGGAUGCUGUGUUAAUUGUAGGUAAAGACAACAUUCUGAUGGUUUGCAAAUCUAUUAAACCCUAAAUUCUAAGUUCAGUUGAAAAUAAUAAGAAAGUGAAAGUCAAAUGUUAAGAAUUCUAUGUUUCAUGAACAGUACAUGUUGAUUUUAAACACUGAGAAGUGAUGUAAAACUUCAAAAAAACCACCUGGGGAAACAUCUUCCACUUCACGAGGUUGAUGUGCAACAGGUUACUAACAUGACUGGGGACACCAGGUGCAUUCAGAGGACUCAUGCAGAGACUCUUAAGAGGUAAUCAUGGCAAGAGGUUCAACAGUGUGUGAGGGGGUUCAACGAUUAACAUAAAAGUGCCAAGCUGUGGCUUUAUACCAUGACCAAAGUACUAGUGCUGGACGAUUAAUCAAUCAAUCAAUUUUAAUCAUGAUUUUGGCUUCUUACGAUCAUAAAAACAUUAUAAUCACAGAAAGACGAUUAAUGUGCCGUACGGUGCGGCGUGUUUGUACACUUUGAAUGCAUCCCUGUUACGUGCAGCUGCAGCAAGCGUGUGACAUAUUUGGAUCACUAAUAUGAGGGGUGAGCAAUUAAAAACAUGGUAGAAAGGUGGAGAAGUAAGGUGGGACGACUUCAGAAACAUUUUGGCUUCAAUUUGACGUACGUUGAGCAAAAGAAAAUUGUUUCCUGUGUGCAACUGAUUGUGGCACACCGCCACAGCUAAAUAAAAGCUUUUUUAAAAAUUUAUGUCGCUCUAACUCUGAUUCAUAUCAGUAAGUGCGUGUAAUAUGGGCGCUGCACCGCACAGCAUGUGCACGCCGAGUAUUAGUGUUAGGAAGUUGUCGUCAGCGAUCACACAGCUGAUCCCCCCACGCUCCCUGAGUCGCUCAACACACACAGUCACAGGAGAACCUACGGUGACCUAGAGGUGCGAGACAUGAUAGAGAGGACAAUCGAUUUGAUGAUUUAAAUUUUUUUAACAUUGUCAUAAUCAAAUAAUCCAAUUAUGAUUUAAAAUCGUUAAUUGUGCAGCCCUACAUGCAUCCGUUCUUGACUUCAUCUUCAUAACUUAUCGGCUCACAAUACUAAAGGCAUUUUUAGUAUGUAACAGAUAUGAUCUGUUCUCUGGUUGAGGAAAUAGAAGAUUGUUUGCUGCGUAGGUCUUAGUCCUGAGGACAGGUGACCAGUCUACAAGUUGACUUCAUCCAGCGAAGUAAGCCAAGGUAAUGUGUGUCAUCAGGAGGACAGUGAUGACUAGUCAGUGACUAACCAUUGUUCCAGUUUGUAUUCCUGUGACAAAUUGGCUUUCAGGCCGCCUAAUGCAGUUUACUUCAAUACCAAUUAGACUUUCUCUACUCUCUAACAGGUUGUGAUGGUCUAUUGUGUCAAACGCAGCAAUUAGAUCUUACAGGACAGGAGCAAAACCACAUCCACUGCUAUCUUACAGUAUACCAGGAAGUCUGUUCUUUAUUUCAUGCCAGUGCUCAACUCUGCAUCUAAAAAACUAUGUUUCCUUUUUUUUUUGUUGUUUCCAGCUCUUCACUGAUGGGACCACCAACAAGCUGGUAGGCUGCUACGUGGAGGAGAGUCCGGAGGAUGUGGUCCUUGUCCGAGUGUACGGAAACAAGACAGAGCUAAUUGUGGACAGAGAUAAUGAGCUCAAAAGCUUCCAGGUAGCGUGAAAGUGAAUCACUCAGUUGCAUGGUCUCGUGAACCAUUCACAGUAAAUCUUAGAGCAGAUGUUUAUUCUAAUGUGGUGUUUAUUUCUUUGUCCUCUCGUUAGGUGCUACACGCUAAUGGAUGUGCGCCUCACCUCUACUGCACCUUUCAGAAUGGCAUCUGCUACGAGUUUAUGCAGGGUGAUGCUCUUGGCACGCAGGAUGUGAGAGAUCCUUCUUUACUCAGGUGGGGACAUGCGAUAGAAGUACUCUGCAUCUUUACUCAGAGACACUUCUUCAAUAAGAGUGCGUGAAGUACUGUGCUUUCCACACACAAACUGCUUUCCAAUGUGGAAGGGCUUGAACCCCACAGGGGAAAGAGGCAAAUAAAGUAAAUCCACAAGAGUCACAGGCAAAUGAAGGCUGGUGGAGACUUCGGACAGCAAAAACAAAAGAACCCCAGCUGCUCAUGUGACCUAAACUUUGUCUUUUUUUUUUCUUGAGUGUCCAGUUUCAUUUUUACCCCUGUAUUUUUUUUCUUUAAAUGGUUUUUAUUUGUUCUUAUGUCUUUCUGUCCAUAUGUUUGAAUAUUUUUCUCUUGUUCCAAGUGUUUAUUGUGUUUAUUAUAUUUUCUUCUGCUGUGUUGCCCGGUCUCUCUGCCCGGCUGUGCAGUUUGGUUUCUGUGCCCUAUUUUGCUUUGUAUGUCAAAGUUACAGUGGCCCUGAGGUGCAAAACACAACAGAAAAAGAGAAAACAUGAUGGUUAAUGUCAUUAUGUUUUCUCUUUUUGUGUUGUGUUCUCUGAUUUGACGUUGUUUUUUCUUAUUUGCCAUUGUGUUUUCUCUUUUUGUGUUGUGUUUCAUGAUUAGCUGUUGUGUUUUUCACCUCAGGGCCACCGUACAAAGCACUUAAAAACUCUUAUUUUUAAAGAAGUCACAUAAUUCAAGUUAUUUUCAUCAUUACAGUUCCAAAGAAAUAGAUUUUCUUUUUUUCUGGUCAAGUUUCUUAUAUGACCGUUUUGUAGAUUUGAUUUGAUUCAUUUGAUUUAUUUGGUAUCCUCAUUAGCCUUGGCCGAGCCUCAGCUAUUCUUCCUGGGGUCCUUAAACCAACUCACAAUAAAUCACUGCAAAUAUCUGAUAUGUAUAAUACACCCCAUGUAAAAUAAUAAUAAUAAUAAUAAAAUUAAAUAAAAAAAAAAUAGUAAUAAUACAUAAAAUAAACACAAACAAAUAAAGAGAAUACAUACAAAUACACAAUACAUAAACAAUAACAUCUACAUAUCCUGAAAACACUAUAUAUAUAUAUAUAUAUAUAUAUAUAUAUAUAUAUAUAUAUACACACACACACAUACAUAUGUUCUCAUGUAUACAUAUAUAUAUAUAAAUAAAUACAUAUAUACACACAAAAUACUUGCCAUGUAAAUAUGAAAUUUUAAAUUCCUGUUGUGAAAAGGUGUUUCUUAACUAAGUUCUUAAAAGUGAUUUGACUGUCUUCUUGUGUGAUGUGCCAAAAGCAGUGUCUCUCCUCUUUGUUCUGGCUGAAUUAAGUUAAUUAUGUCAGCCUAGCAUGUCACAGGAUGGAUUAGGGGCUUCCAGUUGACUCAUCGAUUAACUUUUGUCCUCACACAACCUUGCAGCUUAAAGAACAAUACCCCCGCUGAGGGGCUGUGUGUCUUAGAGCGACAGGUUCCUUUGUAGCUGGAAGCUGAAGCUGUACAAUCAGAUCCCUACAGUUUUCAUUUUGCAUGAUGACGACUUUGUUAACUGUUGUUUGGGACUGCUGUGUCUCCUCAGGAUGAUAGCCAGGGAAAUGGCUCGUAUCCAUGCCAUCCAUGCACACAACGGCUGCAUCCCCAAACCCAACCUCUGGAUAAAGAUGAGAAAGUACUUCUCACUUGUGGCAACAGAGUUCACAGACCAAGCAUCCAAUGCCAGGUGAGAUCAGCUAAUUCUUUUUCUUGGUAGGUGCUCCUGCCCGAGACAAAGUCCUACUUUCAGUGAUAGAGAUGCAAAGGACCUGAUUUGCCUGUUAGAAUUGUUCAUAGGAUCGAGUCAGUUAACCCUUCUGUCAAGUUGUUUUAUCUUUCAGGUUCCAGAGGCACCAUAUACUGUACAUAAAGUUCAAGAGUGUAGUGUAAGGGUUCAAAAAAUGUGGGUUUGGUACAGUUUCAGCAAAGUAAACGGAAAAAAAACACAACAUAUCAAAUCUCCUGUCCUCUAUCAGGAACUUUGAGAGCAUGUCACAGUGUCUCCAGUGAGUAUCAGCAGUUAGAGCUUCUGCUAGAGCUUGCUUUAGUAACAUAAAAAAAAACUCAAGGUCUUCAUUUUCAGAGAUGGAGGUCACACAGAUCCUAGAAAGAGGGAUAACUCAAGGUUGUUCCUAAAAGAGAUGAUAGUAAAGCACUGAGCAAGUUACUGAAUCUGUGAACACUCAGUUUUCUCCAAUGACCCCCAAGUUUCUUGGGAGCCGGGUACACAGUAACACUUCUGCAUUACUUCAUUAAAGGGAUAUUCUGGCGUAAAAUUAAGUUAUGGUCAAACACACCGUAACACCGAGUUAGACACCCCCUCGAGAAGUAAUUGUUGCCGACUGCUUGCUUCUCUAGUUAUACCAACUUACACAACAACCGCACGAUAGAACUACACAGCGAUCUACGUCUCCACGCACAAACCUCAACCAAAACGCCACUCUAUAUCCACAAAUAAUGCUCAGAACAGCACCUAACUUCAUCAACAGUACAUAUAGGGUCCCAGCCACAGUACUUGCCAUCAAACAUCUUUUGAGCUUUGCCUGAUUUCUUUAGGAAAGAGACUAAACACAACUCACCCACUCUCCUCCAGCAGCCGCUUGUUUGUGGGAGGAGCCCUGAUGAGUCGAUCACCGAGUGCAGCAGAGUUCUCAGUAGUUCUUCUGCCCUAGCAUCUCGGUAUGAUUGCAUUUCCAUGAAGUAAUAAUCAAAAAUUUUCCGCUGCACAAAAAGCUGUUAUACUUACUAGCCAAUUCCUGUCCAGCAGAAAGGUUACAGGGUCCCUAAGAUUCAGAAGCGUCCCCUGUCAUUGUUGACCCGGCUUCUUAGCUCUUGUCUGCCUGGUCUACCUCCUUUUUAAGCGCCCGUUAUUCCGCCAGAUUCUCCGGUAUUGAGUUCUUUUUCUUGCUUGUGUUGGCAGUCAUGGCUAAAGGAGGAUUCAGACAAUUUUCCAUACUUUCUGGUUGGUUUCUACUGUCUGAUAUUGUAGCACACUAACUUUGUUUGGGCUCCUGAAUGACAUCGGGGAGAAGCGCCCGCCUCACAACCAAUCAGGAUGGGGGAGGCUGGGAACAGCUUUGUUUACAGUCAGAAAGAGCGGAGCGCUCUGAAAUUUUAAAAUGUUGACUACACAGACAUAAGAGAACACAGCGAUAUCGUUAAAUUACCAAAUGUCAUCAAUGACUAAUAGCUAUUUACUGAUAUUAAAAGCUUUUUUGUAUAAACACCACAAAAAAAGAUGCUUCUUCAACAGAUUCCUGCCUACCCCACCUUUAAUAUCUUCAUAGUAAUGACAGUCAAAACAAAGAAUGGCAAAUAUUACAGAAGAUAGUCAACCGAACAGCCUCAACUCGAUGUGGACAGCUUAGAUAAUAAAAUGAAGGCAGAAAUUCUAAUAAUAAAAAACAAAUUAGAUCAUUUAACCAGUUUAUAGAGCAGUUCAUGUGCCAGAUAGGAAAAUUUUUAACAGCUAACUCAAUAAAAGGAGGAAUUAUAAAACUGCCUCAUACAUCCAUGAGCCCUUAAACAGCCUCUGAGUCCUGGUCCCACACAGUUUCUGGGAUCAAGCAUUCCACAAAUUUUAUUUCAUUUCAUAGCGAGAGUUAGCGUCUCUUCACGGGGGAAAAAAAGUCGUUUCCUGAAGUUUAGGCUGAAGCUGAUUUAGUUUGCUACUUGGCGGCGGACCAGAGGAGCUGACAGAGGUGGACCAUUUCAUAACCUGGCAAGCUGCUCGGUCACAGCUUAUAUCUUUGUUCUGAUGGCUAUUAAACGAAGUCCAGCGUGGGGCUUAUAUAACUGUAACAAUUAUAGCAAGCUGGAUUAAGGAGUCUAAGGCAUGCAGUGGGCCAACAGAUGUUUGCUCAGCUCAGUGUACCAGUUCACUUCACCCUCUUCCUUGGUUACACAGACAGCCAGAGUGGGCUGCACCUGGACAGCAGACACUUGUUGAUGCGGUUUGAGGCAGAUGGUCCAUAAGCCCAGAUGUUAAGUGCAUUUUCAGAGACAGAGAUGGAGACAGAGACCUAUGUGAGGCAGCAUUUGAAGGGGAGGCAGUGAUCCAGGUGAAGCGUCCCAGGAGAGGGUGUGUGUGUGUUUAACACAGCCCUCUCCCUGCUGUCAGGCUGACUGUGGAUUAAGCCCAGUAAGCCCAUUACACUUAGCAGCGGGGUCUCUGCUCUUUAAACCAGUUUGGUUGGCUGAGAUACUAGCUGGUAGACUUAACCCUCUCUCCGCUCGCCAAUGAUGUCACUUUCAGACAGCUAAACACCCGAGUUCUUAAGCCCUGCGGUGUGUGCGUCAUGAUGAAGGCUGGAUAACGAAUGCAGCUGCAGAGGUGGAAGCCUUUUUUAGAAAUAUGUGUGCCGUCAUGGAUAAAACACAAAGCAAACGCCGGUAAUCAGAUCCCAAAAGGAGAUAGUGUCGUGUCGCCAUAGUGACCCAGAGAAGCUCUCAGCACCACGAGGGUCCACCGAGAGCCUGUUUUCUCACUAACUGCUCCCAUGAGUCUAUGCUAAGCCUGUGUGCUCAGUGCAUGUUUUUCUCAGCUGUUUACACAUCUGAUUACAGUCCUCUAUUUUACACCCUUAAAACAACACAGAGCUUUUUCACUGAAGUAAGUAAAAACUCUCUGUCAGGAGAGUACACAGUAUGUUCCGGUAUGCUGAUUGCAGCAGUAUUUCUAUUACUCCCCCCUAUCAUCUUUAUGAGCCCAGUUUGCUGUGUAGUUUACAUGACAGUCCCAGUAAAAUCACUAAAAGUCGAUGACAUAGUGUACUUUUUCCAAUGUUCUUCUUGUCUCUGUUUUCUCCAGAAUCCAGCAAGAGUGUCCCAGCAAAGCUGUCCUGGAGCAGGAGAUGGUAUGGAUGAAGGAACACCUCUCCACACUCGGCUCCCCUGUGGUUUUAUGUCAUAAUGACCUACUGUGUAAGAACAUCAUCCACAACAGCAAAGAAGGUAUGCACCUUCAUCAUAGUGAUCAACAACUGCCAUCAUUAUGUAUAUUUCUGUGUAACCCUUUGCAACAAUACAUUUCAACACAGUGUUUUGUUUUUAUUUAAAAACUGGCUAAACAUUAAGAUCAUCUGUUUUCACCUCUGGCGGUCAGUGUCAUCACCAGAAACACUGUCAAUACUUGUGCAAUGUGCAAAAAGUUCAGUUCAAAGUUCCAACUGCAGAAGUCUGUUUUUUUGUGACCAAGAGAUUUUCAUCUCCAGUUCAAAAAAAAGAUAGUGAUGUAUCCUCUUGUGUUCCAGGUCAUGUCCGCUUUAUUGACUAUGAAUACUCGAGCUACAACUACCAGGCCUUCGACAUUGGAAACCAUUUCAAUGAAUUUGCAGGUUUGUGAAGCAACAGUGCAAUUCGUGUCCAGAUCAACGCUAAGUCAACACAGUUGUGCUUUUUGUAUAACUGUGGUUUUAUGUGUGUGAUCAGGAAUGGCAGAGUUGGACUAUGGGCUUUACCCCAGUCGGGAGAUGCAGAUGGACUGGCUCAAAGUGUACCUGCAGGCGUACAAACUCUUCACCAAUAAAACAGAGGACGUCAGCCAGCGAGAGCUCGAGACGCUUUAUGUACAAGUCAACAAGUUUGCUCUGGUGUGGAGGAAUAUGAUACUCGUUUAUAUGCAGACUAUCUUUUACAAACCCACAGUGUCUCACAUUACUUCAUCUGAUACCUUCUGUUUUUUUCUUCCUUUCAAGGCUUCUCAUUUCUUUUGGGGCUUCUGGGCGCUCAUACAGGCCAAAUAUUCCUCCAUCGACUUUGACUUCCUUGGGUGAGUUUCUAAAUGGAAAUGUUGAAGUUUCAGAGCUGUGUGUGGUGACCCCCCCCCUGUUAAUAUAUUACAUAAGUGAAAGUGUGUGUCUGAAACUGUCGGUUCGAGUUUAACUGAACAUUAUGUAAGCGUGACACCAAAACCCUCAAAGCUAUCAUCUUAUUUGCCUUUGUGAGCAUCCAUUCCACCUAACUUUGCAGACUCUGUGAGGAAUGCAUUAUAACCCCUCCUAGAAACCCUGAAGCCAGACUGUAAGCAGUAGCUCUCAUUAGUACUGCUGGACAGAUGUUUAAGUAAUCAGAGACCUCUUCUGUAGGAUCGUAAUGCUCACAUCAGUUUGUCUUGAUUUUGUCUCCUUUGAUUAGUUUUGGGCUUCAUUAGGGGCCAUGGGCUCAAUAACAAAUUUGAAAGAUGUCUGUCAUGAUGUCCUCUUAUGGAAACUUUCAUGGUGUUUGACAACAUUGUUUACAAUGAUACAAUAGAAUAAAGGCUAGUGGUUGUUACUGUGUAAGAACUGCAAGGGCAAUAUGAUACAAAUGUGUAAGUACUUAAGUGUAAGUGCUAAAUAUGUAAAUAUAUACAGCAGGAGUUUGAGGUGUAUGGUAAUCGAAUGGAAGGAUAUACUGCAUAUUAAAUAUGCAGCAGAGGUCAUGAGUAAGACCAGAAUAUGUAAAGCAGAAUUCCUGUGUAAGACCAGAAUAUAAAUAUAAAUAUAAAUAUACAGCAGAGGUCCUGUGUAAGACCAGAAUAUGUAAAGCAGGAGUCCUGUGUAAGACCAGAAUAUAAAUAUAAAUAUAAAUAAACUGCAGAAGUUCUGUUUAAGACCAGAAUAUAAAUAUAAAUAAACACCAGAAGUCCUGUGUAAGACCAGAAUAUAAAUAUACAGUAGAAGUCCUGUGUAAGACCAGAAUAUGUAAAGCAGGAGUCCUGUGUAAGACCAGAAUAUAAAUAUAAAUAUAAAUAAACUGCAGAAGUUCUGUGUAAGACCAGAAUAUAAAUAUGCAGCAGAAGUCAUGAGAAGUCCUGCAAUGGAUUUCCAAGAUUGAUACUAAUACUGUUUUUUUUUAUACUUCUUGAGUACUGUAACCAAUAUUAAUAACUGAUAUGCACCAAAAUGUGUUAGAGUUUGUAAUAUCACAAAGUCAAACACAAGAACACCUUCAGCAAAUAUUUAACCAAGACAUUUUUCAAGUAAACAGCUGACAGUUAAACUUUCAGGAAAGUUAUGUCACAAGGUAGUUUGACAUUGAGCUAAUUUGAUAGUGUUGUGGGCGGGGCGUUAAGUUAAAAACUACUAAUUUUAACCAAAGUCUGUGAAAUAAAAAGCUGAUACAGGUAACUGGCCGAAUGCCAAACAUUAGCCCUGGUACUGAGCUCCAAUUUCCCAACACUUCGGCUGCACAUGCUCCUAAAUUUCAGCGUCUACUUGGAAGCUUUUGUGCAAGAGUAAAUAACUUUUUAAACCUUUACUAAUACAGUGAGCGGUGGUUGAUUAUUAAUGCCUGCUGAGAGCAGUAAUGUUCAUACGUCAGCCAAGAGUGACGUGAGCUUCUUAGCAGGUGCUGCUUCUCAAUCACUGCCCUUUCAACAACUCAGUGCUUACAUAACCAAUCAGAUGGCAGCUUCACAUUCUGCACAAAAAAGGUGAAGUGUGUGUAGUAGCCGGACCGUGUACUGGAUGAUGAAUUUAUCUCCAGAAGUGGAUUCUUUUUCCGAUUUCAUCACUUUCUUCUUACUUCUCUGUCUUGCAGGUACGCUGUGCUACGUUUCAACCAGUACUUCAAGACCAAACCUGAAGUGAUGGCCCUUUAGAUCCCAGAAUGAGAGAGGACAGAGGAGAACAGAGCAGAGAUAAGACAGGAGGGGAGGGUACAUCAGGUUUAACGCUGGGACUCCCUGUGGGAACACACUCUCUCACUCUCUCUCUCUCUCUCUCCUUCCGCCAGCUGGUUACGGACCCUUACUCGGUCUACCUGGCCUCUUUUUCUGCAACAAGCGCAAUUAUUCUUUCAUUCCUCCACCUUAGGUCCAGGUCACAACUGUAGCUCAAGAAAUGUCCAUGAGGUCUGUCUAUCGGUACGUACUGUAUGUGUGCGAGGGUGUACUUGCUUUUGUCUGUAUUGUUAACCCAUCUUCCUGCUUUCCUUCUGAGGGAAGCAGAACAAGGUGUAGUAAACCCAGCAGUCUGACCUUAGGGUAGAGACGAAACCCCUGAGACCUGCGCCGCUGUUAGUCACGCUGACACAAACAUGUUUCUCAACCACCUUUAGACGGCUCGAACAAGAUUCGGGCCUUUUAGAGGGUAAACAGAGACGCAGAUAGCUGUUCUUGUUAUUUGUUCGCUCUAAGACUCAAUGCAAUGGCCUCAUUAAAGUGAGAAACCAGCUAUAGAUGUCCUUCACAUAUUCCACUACGGUUUUUUCAGAGUUUUGGUGCUCAGUGAAGCCAUUCCUCUUUCAGUCUGCAGAUCUGUCAUGAUUUGAGUCCAAUCUGCACCAUUCGUCCUCAUUUUUCUUCUCCAUCUUUGGUGCUAAGUGCUCAUCGCUACAGCACCUCUGCACUGUACACUCCAGAAAUCAGCUGUGCACUUUGAGCAAAACUGUGUUUUUUGUUUUUUCCUUGUUGCAGUUAAAUCUUCUGUCAGUUUCUCUUUCAUUCAUUUCAAACAAACUGCUGCUAAAACUAGGAAAUUAAAAAAGACCGAUUUUGGCAAGUGGACUUCUCCCCUGUACGGAGUGUGGCGAACAGCAGAUGGACUUGAUGCGGUCACUGUUGUGUUAUAGCAAUGGGUGAAAGAGAGAAGCUUAAUGUGCAUUUAUUUAUUAAUGUGAGAACCGUUUGGAUUAUUUAAUAUCUCAGGUGAAAGAACUCUGGUGACUGAAGGGGAGAAAGAUGCCGGUGAAAAAGAAGGCGCUCGUGUCACUCUGAACUCAGAGCACAUUUCUGUCCUCAACCUGUUUUUCCACCUUCUUGACUUUUAUGGUUAAAGAGAAUCACUCAGUUAAACUUUCCAUUAAGUCUUUCCAGAGCUCUUGGAAAAUUACAACCUCCGUCAUCCCUGCAGCCACCCCCUCCUCCUAAUCCACCACCCGUCUCCCUUCCACUUUUUAUGCCCUGGGCUGUUUGCUCCCUCCUCGUGUUGCCAUCUUUGAUCUCUGCCCUCGGCUUUGUUUCAUAUUCCUCUUCAUGUCUGUAAACUGAGGCCACAGCACCUGCUUCGUAGGCCAUACCCACAAAAGAGUCUGCUUUACGUCCCACGCUGAAAUCAAUUUCUACUCGGGUCACAAGUUUUGAGGCAAACUGUGACACAUGAUCAGACAUUGUCCAAGUUAUUUCUAGGGUCAAAUCAUGCGAGCUUUGUUAAGCCUUUUCACUGAGCUAUUUCCAUGCAUGGUUGUUUUUAGGAAUGUAGUGAGAAGCCAGAUCUGAAAAGAAAGCUGAUAGAUCCGAUUUCUGAGACUACGUUUACAUGUGCCUGGCUAUUUUUCAUAAAUGGACAUUUCACCCUCUCUGUUUACAAAAAAAGACUGUGCACACCACUACGUUACCAGAAAAGUUUUCGUUUACACUAACCUGUGUAUAUAUAUGCCGUCAAGAGCAUGCCAAACCUGUAGGUGGCAGUGAAGCAAGAAGCUCAAGCCAACGUUAGCCAAUAGCAGCAACAACAAAAACAACAUCACUUCCUUCUUUCCAGACAGCUAUUUAAAUCUCAGUUUUUCUCUGUUUACGUGCAAACAGAGUUUUCCAAAAUCUCCACAUUGGCCAGAGUUUUUAAAAAGCAUCGUUUUCAGAGGCGGAUUCUCUGUUAGUGUCUGAACGAAGGGUGCAAACGAUGGUUAAUGUCUGUUUUUAUAAAUAACUGGGUACAUAUAAACAGGGUCUGAAUCUUUAUUCUUCCUGCCUUACAGAUCUGCAGUUCUUCUCGACGGUAAAAUGAGAGUUCUGCAGAUCGUUUGGAUUGAAAGUUUCAUGUAUUUAGUCUGAUCCAGUGUCAAAAACAUUUCAGGUGACCCUUUUUAACCAAUAUUUAAGAACCCUGUCAUUUUGCAGUUGACAGCUGUAAAUGCAGUGGGAAAAUAAGCAAACCCCUCAAUUGACCGAGCUACCACCUGUAAAAGAAUUGCACUUUUUCACAAUUAUUGAAGUAGAAUAAAAACAGACGACAAACAGGUGCAGAAUUUCCCCUUGAACAGAUAAAUCAUCUCACUGUCGUGGUUGAUAACUAAAAUAUUUCCAGACAGAGCUCAAACACGAUAAAUGCAAGUUGAUGACGUAAACACGAGUAACGGACUUGGAGCUGAAGCCCACACAGAGCAGAAUAACAAACAAACAUGGCCGAAGGUAAUGAAGAAGACAUCUCUGAGCAGCAGUUCAGAUUUGUUUGAUGUCACUAGUUUUCUCUAUAACCUACCACCUAAACUUGUGGUUAAGUAUCAUAUUUGAUUCUGCUAACUGAUGUCCUCAAGACAAAAUGGGUCAAAAACAUAUUUAGGAAUUUUAAUAUUUUUUAUCGGGACUUUUAUUGUUAUCGGCAGAACGGCAAAUCUUUUCAGGAUAAAUUUCUUAGCCUGUAUUGCCCAUCUCAAAUCUGAUCUUGAACGGUCCUUGUGCAUCCUCACACACCUAACUUGAUCUUGUUAAAUGUAAUCUAAAGCCUGUUUCUCUUUAUCAUUUCAGUUUUAACUAGAUUUUGCAAACAUUGAAAGGGUUGUUGUUUGAGGCUUUUUGAAGCCUGCAGAUACCCUGUCAGCACAGACCAGUCUCUUUGAAACACUGAUUCACCACAGGCUGCUGUCAUAAUCAACUCACAUUAUAUUUAUGAAUAACCAGGUCCUCUGAUGAUACCACAUCAAAAUAGAACAGAAACAUGCCCCCCCUCUCACCUACACACUCCUCUGGACAUUUAAUCCUCUUUAAGCUCAGCAGGGGGCGACGCUGAGCUCUGACCUUUGUCUACCACUGAUGUCUCAUGUAUCUGAAAGACUGAAUUAUUUACACAGUGAGCUGGGGCCUCUCAGGACAGAGGCUGAGUGAUGUGGAUGGUUUCCAGUCUGUAUUAUUCAUCUGAGAGAUGACACAAGUGCUGUCGAAGGAUUCAUGUUUAUAUUCAAAGUGUCUAAAACUCUUAAACUCUUACCUUGUCAGCGUAAACGAUAGCUCUAGGGAUUUGUGAUGCUGAAGAGUUACUUUGUCAAAUAGUACUUAAAGGGAUAUUCUGGCGUUAAAAUUAAGUUAUGGUCAAACACACCGUAACACCGAGUUAGACACCCCCUUGAGAGAUAAUUGUUUCUGACUUCUUGCUUCUUUAGUUAUACCAACUUUAGUAACAACCGCACUAUAGCAAAACAAAACGGUCUACGUCUCCACGCGCAAACCUCAACCAAAAAGCCGAUUUGUAGCCACAAAUAAUGCUCAGAACAGCACCUAACCUGACGAGCCCAUCACCGAGUGCAGCGGAGUUUCGCAGCUCAAGGAAGAACAUUUAUGAUUAUUACUUCAUGGAAAUGCAAUCAGACCGAGACGCUAAGGUAGAAGAACUACCGCGUCUGUAGUGCAAAAUGAUCAAUAUGAUGAUUGUUACUUAGAGGAAAUGAUUCGCUGCACUCAGUGAUCGACUCGUCAGGGCUCCUCCCACAAUCUCAGUGUUACAGUGUGUUUGACCCUAACCUAUUUUUAUGCUGGAAUUUCCCUUUAAAAGAAGUCACAUGUAUAAGGGUAAAGAGCCAGAGUAAAUGAAAUCAUCCACACUGGUUUUGGAAUAAUCAAAGGCGCUGACAGUCGAGUGAUGAGCUGCUUAGAUUUCCUAAAAGAAGACAAAGUCACACAAUCCUUGGGUGGUCCUAAAAGCAUUUUUGGUUGACAUUGUCUGUUGUUCCACCGAGCACAGGGCAUCAGAAACAAUGUCAAUAAUUUCAGCGUGAUUUAAAUUGGUAGAGCUUCAAUGUGCAGAUUUGGUAACCAUACAGUAAAAGCUGGAAACUGGAAAUGUGCUAUCCCCAAGUAACCCACAUGACUUCAGAGGAUCACUUAAAUGACCCCUUUUGUUAUUUUUAAUGCACUUUUUGGCGUUUUUGAACGAUGUCAUGAUGCACUGACACACCGGUGGCGUUUGUGUCUGAAUCACUACAGCCGGAUAGGAAGUUAAAUGAAUAGUCCUGAUGCCACGUUCCAGUCAGUGUGGAGUUUUCUCCAAAACACCGUCACUGGACGACUUGUUUUAACUCUGACAGGCUCACUCCAAAGAUGCUCUCUUUAUGACUUUAUCAAUAAGUUUUCACCUACAGAUGAAUUUGGUGUCUGUGGGAGAGUUCUUCUAGUUUUGUCACAUUAGCAGCUUGUUGGUCAUCAUCUGCUUUACUCAACGGUAGCAUCAGUUUGAAGAUGAACUCACUGCUUAAGAGGACAUUAAUUUAUUAAAGCAGACAGAAAAGCAAAGAAGAGUGAUUACUCUUUUGUUUUCUUGCUACCUGUUGGGCUGGAGGCUGCCCCCCUUUGGUCAGUUUAUGAAAGCACACCCUCUGCUCUGCUUCAGAAAGGCCUCGCCCCCUUCUUUCUAAACAAGUUUGGGUCAUAUUCCCAAACAACUGUCCCAAAGUCUCGAUCUAUGAGUUGUGUAGCUUUUCAUGGACAGUAAGAAGUGUUUCUGUUUUUGAAUGCUUCAGUUAGAUAUAGGUGGACUUCACAGGUUUGUGUUGUUAUAAUAAAAGUUACUGCUUUUCCCUGUAAGUAAACUCAGGCAGAUCAUCUUAAGGUUAAGAGUGAGACCAAUGACAGAACUCUCUUCCUGAAAGUUUUUGCUUUAAUUUAUUUAACUUUCCCAAAAAUUCGCUAAAGGAAACAAAAAUCUUUGCACUGUUUCCUGCACUGACAAUUAAGUUUGGCAUUUCUUUGUGACACUCAGUACUGACCUAGAAUCCUGGUAUGAACACACUGAAGUUCACAAAUGUCCCUUUUUGUACUCUUAGUCCAGUUUGUAAACAUACACGCACACAAAGACAGCGGUCAGCUAACACUUUGGAUAGAGUGAGCCAAACGUGAAGGUUUAAGACAGUGAAUGAAGUUACUGAAGUGUUCCCAUUUAGAAGUUAAAUGGAAGGUUGUUUUUAUACAGGGUUUAUUUAUUGAAGGAGUAAAACAUCGAACGGACGCACUUCCCAGCAUUCUUUGGUCCUAAUCAUACCAACAUGGUUAGCUUCAGAGGGUUUGCAUUGCAGUUCAUUGAGAUAAACUGUGUUUGUGAGUGAAUGUACUAACUUAAGUUGAAGAAACACUGUACAGAUUACUGAUUAUUUUUCUUUGUAUGCUUCUAUUUACUUUUGUAAAUGCUUGAGCGCUGUGUAAAUGUACUCAUCUACUGCUAAAGGAGACGCCGUGUCAGUCAGUGUGUGUGGCCAGCAGAGAUGGAGGAUGUAAAUACUGUAAGAAAUACUGUGAAAAGCUUACUGUACAGCGAUCCUUCACACCUCUGUAGAAAAAAAAAGACUUAUUUAACAGUUGUCAGUAAAUAUUUCCAUUAAAAUGCAUAAAGUAAUGAACGUGUGUGUGUAUAUUUUUCCUGCUGUCAUGUCUGCGUCUCUGCCAAUUCAGGGGAUUACAAACUGGGGAUCAUACAUGUGUAUUAAUGGGGCUAAUUAUUCCUCAAGACUGCUCUAUGGUAGAAUCUGAACAGAAAGUAACCCAAAAUGUUUCUAAAAAAUACAGUUUGAGCUCUGAGUUAUACUACAGGAAGAGGUGUGCCAGUCUGGGAAUCAUCUCUGAAGGACCUGACUUAAAGGGAUAUUUCAUCGUAAAUUUAGUUAUGGUCAAACACACCUUGACAUCGAGUUAGACACCCCCUCAAGAGAUGAAUGUUGCCGACUGCUUGCUUCUCUAGUUAUACCAACUUUAGUAACAACCGCACGAUAGCAAAACACAGCGGUCUACAUCUCCAUGCGCAAACCUCAACCAAAAAGCCACUCUGUAGCCACAAUAUAUAUAGCUUAAGACCAUGGGUGACAGGGCCUUCGAGGUGGCUGCUCCCCGUCUGUGGAACGCGCUCCCCGACCACCUCACGGCUCCACAGUCGGUGGAUGCUUUUAAAAAAGGACUCAAAACCUUCCUUUUUCUGAGAGCUUAUCCGGACUGAUUUUAUCGGAUUUUAUCUGCCGACUGUUUUUAUUGUUUUGUCCUGUUGCUUGAUUUUAGUUAUUGUUGUUUUUUAUUUGUUAUUGUUGCCUGUGCACUUUAAAGUUUGUUUUCAAAUGUAAAGUGCGUUACAAAUAAAAUCUAUUAUUGUUAUUAAAUAAUGCUCAGAACAGCACCUAACUUCAUCAACAGUACAUAUAGGGUCCCCGCCAUAGUACUAGCCAUCAAACAUCUUUUUAGCUUUGCCUGGUUUCUUUAGCAAAGAGACCAAACACAACUCACCCCCUCUCCUCCAGCAGCCGCUUGUUUGUGGGGGAGCCCUGACGAGUAAUGAUUUUUCACAGCAGACAUAGUAGUUCUUCUGCCUUGGUGUCUUGGUCUGAUUAAAUUGUCAUGAAGUAAUGAUCAAAAGUGUUCUUCCUUGAGCUGCGAAACUCCGCUGCACCACUGAGUUAUACACCGAGCAGUUGUCUAACUCAAUGUUACGGUGUGUUUGACCAUAACUCAAAUUUACGCCGAAUCACUUUGAACCUAUCAAUUAGACUGACUGAACCAUCUCCCACCAUACACACACUUUUGUAAAAGAAUCACACAAGAUUAGCACAACCAAUUUAUUUUCUUUCAAGAAAAAAAAAAGUCACAAAACUCUGAAAACAUAGAGAAACAUACACCUUUAAAUUACACAAGCUCUUAUAAACAAAAUAAAGUCUCUUCUAUAUUUACAUCAGCAGGGGGAACGACAGGUGACUCCUCAGCAUGUCUCCUCCAGAAUAAGAUUAACAUAUUCCUCUGUGCACAAAAUCCAGCAUUUUUAUGAGACACAGAUCUGACCAUGAUUGUACAAGAGGGGCCCGGAUCCAUAAACUAAAACCACGUCACUUUCUGCUGUCUUGAGUUGUUUACCCUUGGGUUUGCUCCGGGUGAAUUCACCCCAGCAAACACCAAGUUUGUGUGCUAGUUGUCAGUUUGGUCAAAGUCUGAUGAGAACAAAGACACCAAAAUUGUAUAUGAACCAAAAAGUGUAAACCACAGAUUUUUCAAUGUUAAAAAGUUCAUAACCAAAAAAAGUCCCAAAACUUUAGCAGAAGCUAGAAGCUCUUAGCACUUCUGCCAGAACAUGUUUUUCUUAAAUUUAGUUUGAACUGACAAACUUCUUCAGGAAAACUAAUAAAGCUGCAGUUGGCAUCAUCAAUUUGUUCCAAGUUAAUCAGAUUAAACCAUUUUAUCUCGCUCAAAAUAACUUCUCAAGUAUCCAGAAGAAUUGAUUGUCUGACAUUUAUUUGUGGAUGUCGAUGCACUAGUUAAAAAAAGGUCUUUUUUUCAUGUGCAUAAACAUACGUUUGCACAGACGCUUAGGAAUUUGGUGUCUUUACUCUCAUGAAGUUGACCAGAGAUCAGUAACACAAAACCAAGUUUUUCCUUCUCUGUCAACAGUCUAAAGCAUUGAAUUGAUAUAUUUCCACUUUGAAAUAAAACAGCUAUGGCUCCUGUAUAUGCAAGGAUUUAGGAUUAAAUUACCACUUUGUAAAUCUGUUAAACAGGAAAUACAAACAAGACAUAGAGUCGUAGGACAACAGCUAAACCGCCUCGGUUUGAAAGUUUAAUGUAUUGAUUUUAACAGGAGCUGACUGUCUGUGGCUACAAUAAUGUCUCUCGCUUACUUUCAGUCUUUACAUCUCAGUGCAGCUUCAGAGAAAUGUCACUGUUAAAAUCUUGAAAUUGGUUUCUCAAAAUAAGAGAGCAUGUAAAUGGGGGGGCAUCUAGGAAGCAGAGAAUAAAACUGCCAGUCAGAUGCACAGAUGGGGCGUCCAACACUACAAUCAAUUAACAAUUAAAGAAGUCAACACAGAGGGAUAAAAGAGGCCAGGCUGAGGUCAAACCACCAUGAGGGGCCUGAUCGGCACACAUAUACAGCGUUUUUGAGCUUCACAAAACAGAGUGAUGACAACUUGCUAAAAACAACUGGAUAAACAGUGAGAUGUAAACUGUUAGAGGCAAUGAGAUACUUGAAAAUAACACAAUAACACAAAAAUGAGGUCUUGACAUUGAAAUGAUUAUUUGACAAAGAUGCAAUAAGUUAAUAUUCCGAGCCAAAAUUUAAAGUGACCCUAAACAUCGCUGCUCUCCUUUAACUGCCGUUAGGGACUAAACACUGUCACCCUAGGAUGAUGAGGCCAAAAUGACUGGUUAUCUAAAUGUGUAAUUAUUAUUACUGACUAAUGUUGUUUUUCAGCUGUAAUGCAGCCACUCGUCAUGAGCAGGUCCAAGAGCUCCAGUUACUGUUAAACGCCAUCAAGCCAUAAUGCUCUUCUAUCCGGAUGAAUGUCGGCAUCCCACAGAUGAGAGCAAAACCAAUCUGGGUACUGAGUCCAUGAACUGCAGGUCCUGCCCCUUUUUGUGUGAAAGCAAACAAUCGGAAUUGAAACUCCAGGGUCUUUGGCAUCAUAAUAGCUAAAAACAAGACAACUGGAUUAUUUCAAACAUCAUGAUUUAUAUGUUUGCCUUACAGACCGUCAGAUUCCGACUCAUAUAUUUCUUUUUUAGGCGAUUUAGUCGCUGAAGACCAUGGAAUUCCCAUUUACUGUAGUUAACUUGAUUCUCAUUUAAUUUAUUUGCUUUCACCAAAAAGGGGCACGGUCAAUUUUGUAAGUGGAAUGUAGGGAUGGGCGAUAAAUGAUCGUUCACGAUUUAUCAUCAGAAAAUUCCUCCACGAUAAAUAUUUGCCAUCUCAGGAUAAACGCGAUAAAUGCAAGUUGAUGACGCAAGUGCGAGCGACGGACUCGCAGCCAUAACCCACACAGAGCAGAAUACCAAACAAAUAGGCCGAAGGUGAUGAAGAAGACGUUUCUGAGAAGCUUGUUGCUAAACAAGGCUAAUUUCCUUCAAGAACUGGGUUUUAGACGAGCGCAGUCAAGUAUGCUUGACAUCAGACAGUGAAUCUGCUGUUUUUCAAGUUUUCAACAACAAAUGUUGAAAAUGUUUUUACAUUUCACUGGUUUUCUCUCUGACCUACCACUCAAACUGCAACUGAAGUAUCUUAUUUGACUAUGCCAACUGGUGUCCUCAAGACAGAAUGAGUCCAAAACAUAAAUAUGAAUUUCAAUAUUUUUUAAUCUGGACUUUUAUUGUUAUCUGCAGAAUGGCAAAAUUUAUUGUGAUUAAUUUUUUUAGCCCAUAUCGCCCAUCCCUAGUGGGAAGUGAGUCACAGCCUGCUGUGGUUCAGCAUUAUUCUGAGCAGGCAAGUCAUGAAAUUAAUAAAAAUAUGUUGUUCAAUAUUAUUUUGAGGGCUUUUCUUGUGAAGUGGACAUGUAUGAAACACAGGUGCUUGGAUGUGGAGGAUUAGAGACUGGGGUUGCUGACUCUACACUCCCUCAGUGAUACAACUGGAAAGAGGAAUAUCUCGGGCUGCUCAUUUGUAUGAUCAGGUUCGACUUACAGCUUUGCAGGCUUUAACAUGUCCUUUACAGCUUCAGAGAGACUGAGAACAUAGUCAUCACUUCGCCUUAUGGGAGGUGUAGGAUCCAGUGCUUUAACACGUUAACUACUGACUAAAUAAAAUGUCUUCUCUGAAGCGCAGGAAUAUAUCUGAUGUCUGGAGGUUUUUCUUUUAAAACUCGACUUGUGGGUGUAAGGCUUUGUGGGCAUUCUGAGGCAUGAGUUGGAUAAAUAAGAUCUAAUAUCGUCUGUCAGAAUCAUCAACAUACAACAAUGUGAAAAUGAACAAACAGGACCUCUGCUGUGACAGGUUUGCAGUUUGUUAACCGAACUUCACCAGCAGGGGGCAGCACUAACACACUUAUAACAUCAAAAACAAGCUGCAGCACGUCUGCUGCUCUUAACAGGAGAAGGUUCCUUUGGGGAAUUUGGUUUGAAGAAAGUCAAAAUGAGAGGGAAACAUUGAAAAACAGAGCCGUUGGAAACACAUCUAUGAGUUAGUAAGAAAACAGCCCGCCUGUUUGCGUGUGUGUGUGUGUGUGUGUGUGUGUGUGUUGGGAGGAGUUUAAGGAUAACAAUUUACAAGGGUAUGACAUUUUUUAACCACAUCCUCAUUUUUGAUUGUGAAAGACGCCAAUUCAGUCACUCUCCAUUUCCCCUGCUCUGUUCUUCUUCUCUGCCCGUCAGCCAAUCAAAAGCAUCCUUCCUCCCCAGCUUCCUUCCUCACCUUCACCCCCCCCCAGCCCACCCCUCAGUCUGUCAGGAGCACCAGUUCCCCUUCACUCCUCUCUCCCCCAUCACUUUCCUCUCCUUCGCUGUACGGGGGUCGCUCUCGCUCUCGCUCUCGUUCCCUCUCUCGUUCUCGUUCUCUCUCUCUUUCUCUGGGUAGGGAAGUGGGCAUGGCCUGGCCCUCCACUCGACGUGGGGCAGGUGGGACCUGGGGCAGGUAAUGCUCCAGUAAUGCAGGGUGAAAAGGCAUGGCUGCCACCGAGACUGAGCCUGGGUUACCCGGGUACUGGCUGUCGUUGUGGGGGUAGUGGAUCUGCUGUGGUUCUGUUUGGCUAAAAAGACAGAGUGACGUGUGUUAGUUAAUGUCAGGUUUGUUUGGUUUGAUUACUCUCAACAGGUCACACAAUACAAAGAUACAGAGAACUUCUAAGUAUAAGAACAACCUUCAAUUCUGUGCAAUCAUGCAGCUAUAAUGUCUUUUUUUAGAGGUGGGCGGAGAAGUGCAGUUACUGAAUGGUUAAGAGCCCUGAGCCGUUAAAGGAAUAAAUAAGAAGGAAUAAAAGCAAAGGCCACUGUGAUGUUCUUAUACAUUUAAUCCUCAUAAAAAGACUGGGAAAAAAAAAGAGGCUGAAUAACACUCAGAUCCACCUGAUGUAAACAUCCUCAAACUCCUCAGCUUAACUAGUUGUAGGAGUUUACAGGAACAAUGAGGGGUGCUUUUUACCUCCGCCAAGGAGGUUGUGUUUUCGGUAGCGCCGGUUUGUUUGUUUGUGAGUUUGUUUGUCUGUGAACAACUUUACGGAGAAAGUAACAGACGGAUUGAACUGAAAUUUUCACCAGAGGUGCGUCUCAGCCCCAAGAGGAUCCCAUUAAAUUUUGGUGGUGAUCCGGAUAAAAUUGUGGAUACUGUGAUCCAGAACACACAAAAAUAAGGGUGUCGUUGGAAUUUUCAAUGGGUGGCAGAGUGGUGUAGAUCGGCGGCACAGUGGUGUAGUGGUUAGCACUGUCGCCUCACCGCAAGAAGGUCCUGAGUUCAAAUCCCGGUCAGGGCAUUUAUGAACAGUGAACAUACCAGUUUAAACACAAAUAAACGAUAAUAAAAGACACGUAACAGUAAAAGCUUUUGUGUGAAUCACAAUAUAAGGAGGGACAUGACCUGCUUGGCGAAGGUCUGCGCUCUCCGAGUGCUUCUCUAGUUGUCAUUGUGGAGGACAGAGUCAAAAACUCAAGCGCCACUUUUGUUUAUGUUUUCAAGAAUAAGAAGAUGCCUCAGAAAAUGCAGGUAUUGUCCUCAAUGUUUAGAACUGCAAAGCAAACUCUUGAUGUCUACCAGGGACAACGUUUCCCUCAGUAUCUCAAAGAUGAAACACACUGGGUCUACCUGUGUGUGUAGGUCGCUCUCUGCUCCUGCCGGCGGCUCUUCAUCAUGGCCUUGUACUCCCCGACCCUCAGCCUCCGUCCCUCCACGAUGCAGGUGCGUUUGGGCCGUGGUUUGUACUUGUAGUCGGGGUAUCGCUCCAGGUGCUGCCUGCUCAGCCUGGCCUGCUCUUCGUAGUAAGGCUGCUUCUCCUGGUUGGACAUAGACUUCCACCUGGAGCCUGAGGAUACAAACACACAGAAGCAGCAAGUCAGGCCUGAAAUACAGCAUGCUUGAAAAUUUGAAAGCAGGCGAGAGUGUGAGCUUGAAUUUUAGUUAUUCAAAGACUGCACUUUAAAGUCACUCUGUAAAAACAAAUUACAUAAAAUGUAGAUAAAAUUAAAUACAAUUUUUACCACCCCUUAAACUGUACACCUCAAAUUAGAUCCAGUGAUGCACUUAGCUCGACUCCAACAGGGAUCCACAGCUCCUAAACUAAACACACCUUUGUACACUCGUUUUCUGCUUGUAAAACUGAUACCAUGAAGAUCUGAGUCCUCAUCAACACCACUUUCAUGUCUCUUCUGUCGUCAUUAUUCUAUUUAUUCAGGUUAUUCUGCAAAAAACAAUCUUCCUUUUCUCUGGACAUGAUAUUUGAACACAUCCUGUCAACCUAGUAUUCACUUUUGCUCAUUUCUCGUUAUACCGACCUGACCUUGAACUCUUAACAUAGUAUGCCACCUUGAUUAGUUAACUAACAAACCCUUAUCCGGAUAAUUAUAGGGGUGGGAAUCAACAAUGGCGCCACAGUACGAUAUUAUCAUGAUACUUGGGCCACGGUACUUUAUUAUUGUGAUUUUAAACAUUUGCAAUACAGUGAAUAUUGCGAUAUUAUAUAUUGCGAUUUAUACAAUUUUUUCAAAUGUUUGGCUGAUUUAGCAUUUGUCUUUCCUUUAUGUUUGUCUUAUUUACACUGUAUUUUAUUUUCAUGAAGCAAAUCUUGCAAACCUUGUAAGUAUUUAUAUUUGUUGUUCUAACUUCCUCCUGCUCUAUGACGUCACCUCUGCCAACCUCACUGGACAAACAGUUGAUUUUAUUCUUCCAUUAUCACAGAUUUGACUUCAUAUAAACAAUUAAUUUGAAAAAAUCAAUACUUGGUAAAUGAGACGAUACGAUAUAUCACCAGACAAAAUAUCGCAAUACUAUGCUGUAUCGAUUUUUUCUCCCACCCCUAGAUGAUUAUAACAUUUUCCUGCUCAUUUUUAUUAUUCUAUCUUAUCAUUAAUAUUACCAUCAUUAUUAUUGUAUUAUGAUUGUAUUAUCAUUAUCCUCUUUUAUACGUAUCCUGUUUCCUGCUUCCUGCCCUCCUUUUCUAUUUCAUUCUUCUUCUUACCUAUUUUAUGUUUUUAUUUUGGUCCUCAUGGUCUCAUUUUAUGUUGAAGGGUUCUUGUAUUAACUGGGUUUCUUAUGAAAAAUGAAACUGGCCUUCAAUUUGGAGGCCUUGUUUUUAACUGAGCUUUUGCUUUUAUUUUCAUGUGAUGAUGUUCUGUGCUUGCAGCUGUUGUCAAAGCACUUUGUAAACUUCGUAAACUUUGUAAAAACGUAUUAUUAUUAUUAUUAUUAUUAUUAUUAUUAUGUUAUGAUUUUUAACUGAUGAUUACCCGAACUGCUUUGGCAGAGGAGGGGGAUGGCAGCCCUGCAGCAGCACCAGCAGUAGACUGAGUUGACAGAGUUGCUAACAGCCAAAGUUACAGCAUUUGGGCGGGAUUUCAUGCACACUGCUGAUGUGCUUCGCCGUGGAGGUUGUGUUCCUCCUUGCAAGAAACUGUUUUGUAACAUAAAAUGCAUUUGGCGUCUAUCUUUAGCUUAAAUGUAACCACUCUUUAGACCUCUGUGCAUGCAAGCAGAAUUCAAGAAGAAUUGUCAUUCAGGCAGGUAAGGCAGGAUGUAAGGCCACAGUGAAAAUGCUCAGUGGCAUCGAGGGGCCGUGAACAUGCUGAGGACCAAAAACAGCCCCAGCAGGAUGGAUCCAUGAUUUCGUGUUGAUUAGACCAAAUUCUGACCCACCACUGAAUGUGGACGCUGAAAUCUAGACUCAUCAGACCAGAGGAAGGUUUCUAAUCUUUUAGUCGUCUUCUGCUACCGAAGCCAAUCUGUUUGAAGAUUCAACUGGUUGCUGUUUUCAGCGAUGAUUUCCUGCAUACCUUGGUUGUUGCAAGUGUUUAUUUUUGCUACUGUUGCCUUUAUAUCAGCUCCAAC